AAAAUUUUGGAUACGAGGGAAUUAAAGACCCGAGUUUGCAAUAUUCUUACCCCCGGAGUUACACACAAUGUUUUUCAUCACACUUGCGAAUUGCGAAGAAAAAACUAAAUUUUAAGCGAAAUAAUUCUUAAAUACGGUGACAUAUCAAACAUUCGUCCGCCAUUUUGUAAUUUCUUGACAGGUUAGGAAUCGAAGGCACAGGCCUAUUCGGCAUUCAGCCACGAUCGAAAAUUUUGUAAAUAUAUCAUAAACGGCUGUUAAAUUUAUCAAAUUGAAUAAUUUUAAAUAUACACAAAAAUAUUAAAUUAUAAACGUCAGUAUUUUAAAAGUAAAAGUCAUUUAUGCAACUUGGUUUGUAUGAAUAAAGUGACAUAAUAAAAAAUAGUAUAACUGCCUAGGGAGUUAAAGCUUUUUUUUCACAAUCCAUAACUCCGUCGGGAACAAAACAGGCCUUUGCCCUUCAGUACACCUGCAUGAAAUAACAUCUUUUACGAGCAAGUGUGAUGAAAAGUAUUUUUCACGAUUUCUUAGCCUAACGCAAGUUUUAAAAUUGGUGUAACUCCAUGUCAGUGCAUCCUUUUAGCGACCUUGACGUGUUAAGUCACUUCAUAUCUUCAGCUAUCUGUGUAAAUCGUUCUUGCUGACUCUAUCGUACGACACGACAACGACACGGUGCCUAAUCGGCCUUGAAGUGUAAAUUAAACAAUCGUUGAACUGACUUCCUCGAUCUUCAGUGGUUCUAAUUGUUCUUUAAUUGAAUCGUUGAACGGACUAUACGUUUCGGCAGUGCCGCUGUGUUAAUUGAUGUUACUCAUGCUGGAAUGUUACGAGCUACCGGAUGCUGGAACCUUUGAAACGGCAACAUCAAACCUUGAUCAAACUCACAUAUAAUGUAGGUGGGGACGAUGAGGGAACAGGAAGGCGACGGCCCGGAGAGCCGUUAGCCGGACUCGAUGGAUGAGUAUGGCGGGCCGGCGGCGCCGCCCCGGCCGCCCAAGCCGGCGGCGCGCGUGCACAGGCCGCCGCCGCCGGGCGCGCGCCCCACCGUGUCCCUGCUGCGGCCGCGGCCCGAGACCGAGCGCGAGCGCAACGCCUACGUGGAGGCGCCGCGCCGCGCGCACGCGCACGCGCACGCCGCACACGCCGCGCCGCACGCCGCCGCGCAGCCGCUCAAACCGGUGACGGCGCAGCCCGCCGCCGUCGACAAGCGGCGCGCGCUGGCGCCCGACUCCAUCGUGUGCGAGCGCUGCGGCCGCUGCCGCUGCGAGCAGUGCGCGCGGCCGCGGCCGCUGCCGUCGCGCUGGCUGUGCGGCAGCUGCCUGUGCAGCGCAGAGGCGUGCGUGGACUACGCGUCGUGCAUGUGCUGCGUGAAGGCGCUGUUCUACCACUGCGGGAGCGGGGAGGACGAGGCGGGCUCGCCGUGCGCGUGCGGGCCGCGGCUGGCGUGCGUGGGGCUGCUGUCGCUGCCGCUGCCGUGCCUGUGGCUGUACUGGCCGCUGCGCGGGCUGGCGGCGGCGGGCGCGGCCGGGUACGCGCGCUGCCGCCGAGCAGGCUGCCGCUGCCCGGAGCCGCCGGCCCGGCCGCCCUCCAGUAUUAUCUAGUCCGCCGCGCCGCCCGGCCGGCCGUGUACAAAUAUUUAUGGCUCGCGCGGCCGGGGAGGACUCUAGUGCCUGUGUGAGUGGCGCGGGGCGCGCCGGACGAGCGCCCCGCGGAGUGAAUCGUCUACGAGUACCUUGUAAAUAUAGUCGUAUAGUGUGAAUGUACGUGAACGUGUCGCCCGAACGCCGAAAGUCUCAAAUUUUCUUGAGACCGUAACGUGUCAUAAGAAAACGUUAACGUUAGUAUUUUGGAUUCGAGAUGAAUUCAGAGAAGAUUAAGAAAUGAGAUAUAAAACAUACUUAUUAAGAUGUAGAUAAUUUACCAUUUAUUUAUUAACUGAAUUUGUAUUUAUUUGUAAAUAAAACGACAACAUUAUAUUAUAAAUACGAAUGUUUACUACA